AUGGAUACCGAGCAGAUCUCGGGGGAGGGAGCUGGCCCAGCUGGGCCAAAUCCGCCUCAGGCCGUGCCCCCCCUCCCCAAGCGGGUUGGCACCGGUGGCCCAGCAAAGGCUCUUCAGUUGAGCUCAGCUUCUGGAGCCAAGCCCGACGGCCCAGGCAUGGAAGAUGGCCAGGUCGAUUCUGCGAGAGAUGGGUCUGAUCCUCCGUGCCAGGAAGACGACGGUGAUGACUACGAUGAAGAGGACGACCUAGAAGAGGACGAGAAUGUGGAAGUUCGAGAAGACGAAAAUCCUGAGGAGAAGCCAAAGGCUUCCGAGGGCCCGAGAAAGACCACACCGUACCUUACAAAGUACGAAAGGGCACGGAUCCUUGGUGCGCGGGCAUUACAGAUAAGCAUGAAUGCACCAGUUAUGGUCACUCUUGAGGGUGAGACCGACCCGCUCCUCAUCGCCGAGAAGGAGCUUCUUCAGCGAGUCAUCCCUUUCGUGAUCCGCCGCUUCCUGCCGGACAACACGUACGAGGACUGGAAGGUCUCAGAGUUACUGGACCUCGAGUGA